GAUGAGAGUUUAUUCUCGUGUAACCACUCCUGUUUCAACACUUAAAUUUAUCUGCCUUUCAGGUGCUGCUAGUCCAUUUCUCAACAACCAGAAUGUUUUAGCUUCUUCCAUUCUCAGCAUGGUGAUGGAAAACUCAGCCUCUUCUAGUACUGGUAGCAGUCCACCCAAUAGCGUCUUCUGUUCCAAGUAUGAAAUGCAUACGGAGUCUGAGAAAAAAACCAUGAAUGGUGCUGGCAAAGAACACACAGAAAACAUUCUGGAAGAAUACUCACAGAAAGGUAGAGAUGUGCAGAAGAGGCUGAAUGAAACCACUGAGCUACGUGAGCAACAGAAAAUCAAUUUAAGACUGAUCAUUUGUGAUUUGCAGACCAAACUGAUGGAAGUGCAGUUGGAAAGAGAUGCGCUUCAGGAUACUAGACAAAAGGAAUUCCAGUGCCAAGAGAAUGUAAAAAUACAGCUAAAAAAUACUGUUCAACAGCUGGAAGCUGCCAACCAACUGCAGGAGGAGAUGCUGAGGGAGGCUGAGAGCCAAACUGAGCAUCUGAAAAAGAUGGUCCACAGCCACAAGGAAGUACUUCUGGAACUACAUGGCAUCCUAAUGGACUACGAAGACAGCACAGGCAAGAAACUCUAUGAGCAUGAGAAUAUUACUGGCCUACACAUCCAAAGCCUGAGCACAGCAUUUGCUGACAUCCUGCGAGAUUUAGACUCAGAGGUGUCAUACCUCAAAGAAAAGGUUGUCCUGGUGGAAGAAGAACUUGAGUCAUUGAAAAAAGAUUCACAGACCCAAAAACAACUUCUGCUUCAGCGACAUCAAAAUAGAGAACAAACAAGAAACCAAAAUUCAGUGCUUGCACAUCAAGGUAGUCCCCUGGAAUCUACAGUUUCUCAGCUGCAUUCUGAAUUCCAAGAAGUUAAGAGGAUGUAUGAAGACAAGGUUGAAGAUCUUGAGAAGCAGUUGCACCUAGCUCAGUCUGAAAUAGCAGAAGCUCAGACAGAACAGGAUCAAUGCAGCCAAGAAUCUGGAAAUCUGAAUGACCAGAUUCAUCAAUUGUUGACUGAACUUCAUAAAAAAGACAUAGAGUUAAGCCUAGAAAAAGAGCAGAACAAGCGAUUUUGGGAUCGGAACACAGACAGCAGCAUCACCAUUGACCAUCUAAGGAAGCAACUAGACAACAAAAACAUACAGUUGCAGUGCAUGGAAAACACAGUGAAGGAAAUGAGGACUGAAUGUUGCAGACAAAUGGAGCGCCAGAUGGCUGCAGUUAAGGAAAAAAAAGAAAGCAUUGGAAGAAUCUCCUCUUUGACUGUCCAACUGGAGUCAACCAAGGAAAUGCUCUGUAAAGUUAAAGAAGAUCUUACAGCCAAACAGAUCAAUUUGGAGACUGCUGAGAAAACAUUGUCAACUCUGACAGCCUGUCUGCAGGAGAAAGAGAGAGCCCUUGAGGUUACCAGUAAGGAAAUCAAGAAGCUACAUUCACAACUUGGCAGUAGGAUGCAGGAACUCCAGCAUCUGAAGAAUGAAGAGGACUGUUUACAUAAUGUGCAGUCAGAGUGUGAAACACUGAAACUGCAGGUGUUAGAGAAGGAAAGGAUUAUUGAGGUCUUCCAAAAGCAAAUUGAUAACAUGACCCAGAUUGUGGGCCAGUACAGUCGAACUGCUGGAGCAAUGGAAGUUGAGAAAUCUCAGUUUAUAAAAGAAAUAAAUGACUGGAAAGUCAAAGUAGAAGAACUUAAGAUUGCAAAGGACGAGAAAGAAGCUAGAAUAAACGAACUGGAGGCCAGACUGAGUGAGCUGGAACUGGAAAAGGUUAAACUGGUUAACACAUGCACUGAGAGGCUCCGUGCACUUAAUGAUACGAAACUAGAGAAAGACCAGCUAAUGAAUGAACUCCAAGCCAGUCGGAGUGAGCUGGCUGGCCUUGCAGAGGGAUUUGAAGAUUUGAAGAGGAAUUACCAGGGUAAAAUUGAGGAGAUGAAAAAUACUGCAAACCGACUGAAAAUGCAGUUGAAAUCUGCCCAAGCUGAACUGGAACAGACCAGGACUGCUCUAAAGACUAUGGAGGGAUCUGAUGGCAAUGCUAUGAAAGUUGCAGUGGGAAUGCAGAAGCAGAUCACAGUCAAGCGGGGACAGAUAGAUGCAUUACAGAGCAAGAUUAAAUUCUUGGAAGAGGCAAUGACAAAUGCAGCUAAGGAAAAACAUUACCUCAGAGAAGAAAAUAGUAAACUAAGUCAAGAAUUGAGCUAUAUUACAGCAGAAAAUACCAAGAUUGCUGGGGAACUGCAGAUCCUGAGAUCACAAAGCAAACAUCUGAAAGAAAAAAUAUCUAAGAUGGAGACAGCCCUUGAUAAGGCAUCCAUGCAAUUUGCAGAAUGUCAGUGCAUAAUCCAGUGUCAGGAGCAAGAAGCUAUGCGCUUCAGACUGCAGCAUACUCUAGAUGUAAAAGUAAGUACGUUACUGAGAAGCAUGGAGCUGCAGGGCCCGGGCUACUCAUCAGCUUCUGCUUCAGGCAAGCUGCGGCACAUAGUGCCUCUUUCCCACCUGCACUCUGCUGUCGUGUCACCUUCCCUGAACUUGGCCAGCUGUGCCCCUCCUAUGCUUUCCAAGCCAGGCAUUUUGAAGGAAGAACCAUUGCAGGAUCUAAAGAGGAUUCUUCAGGAAUUAACAAGGUCAGACAAUGACAUUCCCUCUGUGGAUCUUUGCAACAAUGACAGCAAUGGUGGGAGAAAAUCGCCUUUAGCAACCAUGAGGAAUACAGUAGACGGUGCGAGUAGAGGAUGCGCUGCUGUCUUCAGCCUACGAUCAGAUCCUUGCAAGAGGGAGACUGCAGCUAGAGACUCUACUGCUGAAAGCAUUGUGGAAAAGGAUACUUUCGGACAGGAUCCUUCAUGCUUACACACAGCGGAUCGUCAGCCCCAAGGCAUUACAUCCCUUGGAGGUGCAUCCAUUUUCUCAGCAGCUCCUCGUUAUAUAUCCUCCCCCAAGAAGGUCUCUCGGGAGGAGAGAUACAGAGAAAGGUCUCCAGUGCACUUGCUGUUAACUGCUCCACCCGAUGACCUUGCAGCUGGCCCCAGCGCUUCACCAGAGCAUAGACUGUCCACAAGGAAUGCUGGCUCUCCAGAGGGUGCAGUUACAGUCCUCCAGAUAACUUCUCAGCUCAUGGAAACUAGUCAGAAUACACCUAGGAGGCUACAGAACAAGAAGGAAAGCCUGCAAAACCCGGUGGAAUCAUUACAGAUAAAAAACAAAGCCGUGUCAUCAGUGAUCAGAACUCAGGAAAUGAAGAUAGAAAAAGCAAAGGAAAAGGAGGAAAAGCUAUCAAAGUGAAGACACCGUAUAAAUUAGUGAUUACUUUCACGUAUGUACAUUGUGUUUAAAAUAUGUUAUAUUUUUAAAGAUUAAUAAUAAAAGUUCUGACAAUUUUGUA